AUGCUCACCGCGCUGCUGCUCGCCUCGCCACCUGCGCCCUCCGCCCUUCCGGCAGGCGCGCGUGCGGGCGCGGGUGCGGCGGUGAAGCGGCAGGUGCGCGUGGGACGAGUGACCCUUACCCCCCCGCGCGGCAGUGAAGCUUACCCAGAGGCGCGCGGCAUGGGCGUGGUGGUAGCUCGCAGGCGUGCGUGCGCGGUUGGGUUUAGGGCUGGUGCGCGUGUGGGCAGCGCGCUUCACUCGCCAUCCGCGCCACCACCGCACCACUCAUCACCGCCCCACUCCGCUUUCCCCGUGGCAUGGCAUGCGCGUGUGCUGUGUGGCACUGGCGCGCGUCACAGCUGGGGCGCGUGCCCGUGGGCACUCGUGGACGACGGCUUGCCCAACCACGUGCUGCUGUGCUGCGCCCUCCCUGCUGCCCACCCACCGCCGCCACCUCCCUCACCCACUCCAACGCCCGCCACUCCCUCAACUCCACCCGCCACACGCGCUCUCACCCUCCGCCUCUCCCUCGCCACACACCCGCUGCCCUUGCCUGCAUGCAUGCCUCUGCUUCUCUCGCCCACUCUGCGCUUUCGCCUGCACGCGCAUGCUCCUGCUGCUGCCCACGUGGGAGCGGGCGAGGGAGUGCAAGCAGGGGUGCAGGGGGUGGCAGCAGGGGCGCGCAGGGAGGGCGAGUUGAGGCAGCUACUGCGUGGCGGCGCGGGAGUAUUCAGCUUCUACUCUCUGCGCUGCAACUGGCGUUGGCUCUUGAGGUGGGUGGAUUGGGGGGAGUACGCAUGGGGCAGUGAGCGUGGAGUGUGGGGGCGUGGGGGCGUGGCGUGUGGGCGUUUGGUGGAGUGA